AGAACACAAAACCCGUAACGAAAAGAAAAGAAAAGAGGGAAGUGGAUGGAUGAAUGGCCUGAUGGUUCAGCCUCAAUAGCAGAGGCUCCCCAUGUCUUGCUUGUCCUGCAAUUUAAAAUCCCCAGUUUCAUCUUUCCUGUUCCCUUCCCUCUCUUUUCCUUCUUUCCCCUCCUCCGUCCGGUUCCUUUGGUGUCCAUUCACCAUCCUCCUCCUCCCCAUUCUUACUGAUCCUUAUCUUUCUUAUCCCGACCCUCUUCUGCCAUUGUGGUCUCUCUUCCUACCUUUCUCUCUCAUCCAAGAUGGCUACCACCAAUGAAUUUCCUGCCAGCGAUGUCAACAGCUAUGACUAUGUCAUCGUUGGUGGUGGCACAGCAGGCUGUGUCAUUGCCAGCCGAUUGGCCGAAUACUUGCCUAACAAGCGCAUUCUGAUCAUCGAGGGUGGCCCUAGUGACUACAUGGAUGACCGCGUUCUCAACCUGAGGGAGUGGCUUAACUUGCUCGGCGGCGAGUUGGACUACGACUACCCCACUACCGAACAGCCUAUGGGUAACAGCCAUAUCCGUCACUCCCGUGCCAAAGUGUUGGGUGGUUGCUCCAGCCACAACACCCUGAUCUCUUUCCGUCCCUUCGAAUACGACUGCAAAAGAUGGGAGCAAGCCGGCUGCACUGGCUGGUCUUUCGAGACCUUCACCCGCGUCCUUGAUAACCUGCGCAACACUGUCCAGCCCGUCCAUAGCCGUCACCGUAACCAGCUGUGCAAGGAUUGGGUCCAGGCUUGCUCAAGCGCCAUGAACAUCCCCAUCAUCCCCGACUUCAACAAGGAGAUCCGGUCUAAGGGUGAACUGACUGAAGGUGUCGGUUUUUUCUCCGUUUCUUACAACCCCGAUGACGGCCGUCGCAGCAGCGCUAGUGUCGCUUACAUUCACCCUAUCCUUCGCGGCGAGGAGAAGCGUCCUAACCUGACGAUCCUCACCAACGCAUGGGUGUCCCGCGUCAAUGUCAGCGGAGACACUGUGACUGGUGUUGAUGUGACCCUGCAGUCUGGUGUCAAGCACACUCUGCGCGCCAGAAAGGAGACCAUCCUGUGCGCGGGCGCCGUCGACACCCCCAGACUAAUGAUGCUGUCUGGCUUGGGUCCGCGUGAGCAGCUGUCCUCGCUUGGAAUCCCCGUCGUGAAGGACAUCCCAGGUGUGGGUGAGAAUCUUCUCGACCACCCUGAAAGUAUCAUCAUCUGGGAGCUCAACCGCCCUGUUCCCCCCAACCAGACCACUAUGGACUCCGAUGCGGGAAUUUUCCUGCGUCGUGAGCUACCCAAUGCUCAUGGCUUCGAUGGCCGUGCCGCCGACAUCAUGAUGCACUGCUACCAAAUCCCUUUCUGCCUUAACACCGAGCGAUUGGGAUACGACACCCCCGUUGAUGCCUUCUGCAUGACUCCCAACAUCCCUCGCCCCCGCUCUCGCGGUCGUAUCUACCUGACCUCGGCCGACCCCAGCGUCAAGCCGGCCCUGGACUUCCGUUACUUCACUGAUCCGGAGGGCUACGACGCUGCCACUAUCGUUGCUGGUCUCAAGGCGGCUCGUGAGAUUGCCCAGCAGUCGCCUUUCAAGGAGUGGAUCAAGCGCGAGGUUGCCCCCGGUCCGAACGUGCAGACUGACGAGGAGCUAUCCGAAUAUGGUCGUCGCGUGGCCCACACUGUCUACCACCCAGCCGGAACGACCAAGAUGGGUAACCUGACCCGCGACCCCAUGGCCGUUGUCGACCCCAAGCUGAAGGUCCGUGGCCUGAAGAAUGUCCGUAUCGCGGACGCUGGUGUUUUCCCUGAAAUGCCCACUAUCAACCCCAUGUUGACUGUGUUGGCCAUCGGUGAGCGUGCCGCGGAGCUGAUCGCGGAAGAGGCUGGAUGGAAGCGUGAGCAGCCCCGUCUGUGAGCGCUUCCUGGGUUCGUUUGAUACUCCUUUUUCAAGAAAGAAAAAAUUGGGAGUGGGGUAUGAAGCGGUGCAUGCAUAGCCCAAGCGAGAGGUUUUUGCUUCUGGUCUUCAAGUGAGGGAGGGAUACCGGUCGACGCAUGCAUGAACGUGCGACGUGGAUUGCUCUCUUACAUGAUUUACGAUUCAUGAUUUAGAGAAGAGUUGGCAAGAGCCCGGGAAGAUCUACACCGCUGGCAGCAGUGAUAUAUGGGGUGUAUCUAUCUUCCCUUUUGGAUAUGGCCUAGCCUUUUUGGGGUGGGUUGCUGUCGCUGUUGAUGUAUCAUCAUCUUAUAUACAGAGAGUUCUGGAUAGCUAUCUCAGGUACGAUCUGUUUGUAUCAUAGCGCCUGCGGGUAGCGCAGAAAGC